UCAAACUCAACUUAAUAAACUUGUAUUCUGAGGAGGAGAGGUGGAUAUCGAUCAUCGCCAUGACGAUGAACCCUUGUUUCUUACAAGUGUUUUUUACUAGGUUUAAGCCGCACAUCCUCAUAAUUUUUACUCAAGUUGGCUACACGUUUUUGUAUUUUUUCAUUGAUGCUUCCUUCAAGCAUGGCAUGAAUCCUCACGUUCACAUCACUUAUCGACAAAUUCUUGCUACCAUCACCUUGCUUCCCUUUGCUUAUUUUCUCGAAAGGAAAUUAAGACCAAGGAUCACAUUGGCGCUAUUAUUAGAGAUUUUUUUUCUUUCUCUAAUGGGGGUGACUUUGAGUAUCAACACAUACUUUGCAAGUUUGAAAUACACAUCUCCCACUUUUAUCACGUCAAUGCUCAACACUGUAGCUGGCUUGACAUUUGUUAUUGCGGUUAUGUUCAGAUUGGAGGUUGUGGAGUUUGAAAAUCCAAAAGGAAUAGCAAAAGUGAUGGGGACAUUGGUUUCACUAGGUGGUGUGUUGAUAAUGACAUUCUAUAAAGGACCUAUAAUUAAAAGUGUAUGCCAUCCUCUCAUCCAUAUUCAACACAAAGCUACAUAUUAUCUCCAUGAGGAUUGGCUCAAGGGUUCACUUCUUACUGUUUCAAGCUGCCUUUCCUGGGCCAUUUCCUACAUUUUGCAGGCAUUUACGUUAAAGCGAUACCCAGCACCGUUAUCAUUAACAACAUGGAUGAACAUGUUUGGAGCAGCACAAACAGCUUUUUACACAGUGUUGACACAACGCAAGGCAGGAGUUUGGAAUCUUGGAUUAAACAUCGACCUUUGGGCCAUUAUCUAUGCAGGAAUUAUGUGCUCAGGUAUUAUAAUAUAUAUACAACUAUGGUGCACAGAAGAAAAAGGGCCUGUUUUUGUCACAAUGUACAAUCCACUUUGUUCCAUUUUGGUUGCUCUCUUAGCUUACUUUGUUUUUGGACAAAAGCUUUACUUUGGCAGCAUUGUUGGUGGAGUUAUCGUCAUCAUAGGGCUGUAUUUGCUGUUAUGGGGCAAACAAGAUGAUGACCAAAAGCUUCAAAAUAAGUCACCUUUGGAAUCUGAUUCCCUCCAUCAAACUUCCAAACAACCUCAUUUAAUUCCAAAUUAGUCCUUAAUUAGGCAUCUCCCAUAUUAUAACUUUUGCAUAUUUAUUUACUACAUUAUAUGAACUACUGCCUUUAAUUUAUCACCAUUCCUACGAUUAUAUAUCAUCUCUCUAGUAAUGGAUCUUAAAUUGAAAACCAUCUCUAA